GCGCAGCACCCCGGCCCGGAAACAGCGCAGGGUCCGCUAUGGCGGCGGCAGCCGAGGGCGUCCUGGCUACCCGGCGUGAUGAGCCCGCCCGAGAUGGAGAAUGGAGCCGACUUGAUGGAAUGAAUACGAUGCCGCCGUGGAGACAGCUGAGGAAGCAAAGGAGCCUGCUGAAGCUGACAUCACUGAGCUCUGCCGGGACAUGUUCUCCAAAAUGGCCACUUACCUGACUGGGGAACUGACGGCCACCAGUGAAGACUAUAAGCUCCUGGAAAAUAUGAAUAAACUCACCAGCUUGAAGUAUCUUGAAAUGAAAGAUAUUGCUAUAAACAUUAGUAGGAACUUAAAGGACUUAAACCAGAAAUAUGCUGGACUGCAGCCUUAUCUGGAUCAGAUCAAUGUCAUUGAAGAGCAGGUAGCAGCUCUUGAGCAGGCAGCUUACAAGUUGGAUGCAUAUUCAAAAAAACUGGAAGCCAAGUACAAGAAGCUGGAGAAGCGAUGAGAAACUUAUUUCUAUGGGACAGAGUCUUUUUUUUUAAUGUGGAAGAAUGUCUUACAAAACCUGAAUCCUGAGGCUGAUGAAUUGUGAAAAUUCCUCAAAAGGAAAUUAUGCUGGUCAUCCCCGGAACAUCUCAACGUUCGAGUAAACUGGAGGACUGUGGCUAUUCCUGAACCUUCUUUGAGGCAGAAUCCCUCAGAAUCUCACACUUAUAACUUCCUACCUUUUACUUGAAUGCUUUGCCAUAUUCAGGACAGAGACUCUCACAAAGUUCAGAAAACAUCUGGACUUACCAGUAAAAUCAAACGAGAGGACCUAUUUUCUCUGGUAGUGGUUGAUUACUACAUUAUUUUCUUAAGUGGCUGGUUUUUUAGUUACUAUGUAAAUGGUCGUUUUUUUUUCUGUUAAUGAUGCUAAUGUGUUAUAAACAAGAUUCUAAAUUUAAAAAGGAAAACAAAACAAACUUGUUCUCUGCAGCUUAUUACCUUGUGAAUGUCGGUAACUUACUUUUCCAUAAUAUUGCAAAUAACAUAAAAUCUUAAAAUAAUUCUAAGCUGAGUCUUCUAGAUUGAGCAGAAAUGGUGAAAGGAGUAUUGAUAACUUGGUGUAUGUGAUGGGCCCCUCUUGUUUAUUUUCUAUGUGAGUCACAUUAACAUGCGGUCAAUUUGGGAAACGUGAUGACAACAAAGACUAGAUGGGUAUGUGUGUUUAUGUGUUGGGUAGGGAGGUGAUGAUUGCCACUCAUAAAAUAAAGGAUUUUAUAAAAUACC